AUGGACCUGGAGAAGAUCAGAUUUGGGCUCAGAUCACACGAGCUGACCGGCUUUCACCCUAAUCUUUUUUGAAUCUACAUUUUCUGCAUUUCUCAAGACUUUUUGGGUCAGACAAUGGCAAAGACGAGACACCAGGACCUCGCUGACCUUCUAAGGCAUCUCUGGAAGACCGUGACACGGCCUGAAGGUUCGGAAGGAGAGGAAAAGUUCCAGACUUUGGCUUGAGGAUGAAGUUAAUCCUGCUGAGCCUGGGGUUGCUGUGUUUGGCCGGCUUGUGGCCCGUCACGCCGCUUAACCACCGGCCUGCGACACGCAAGAAGAACAAGGAUGUGUACCUGGGGGAACACGCCAAGCACAAAUAUGUGGGACGGAUUGACUACAAGCUAAAGAAGCAGGACAGCACCAAAUCUCUCCUGAUCAAAACCGAGCAGCUGUUGAGGAUCGAGGAACAUGACUUCGCCAUGCGACCGGGAUUCGGAGGCUCUGCUAUUCCCGUGGGCAUCGACGUCCAGGUGGAGAGCUUAGACAGCAUCUCCGAGGUCAACAUGGACUUCACCAUGACGCUGUACCUGAGGCACUACUGGAAAGACGAGCGCCUGGGUUUUCCCUCGGGCAACAACAUGAGCCGCACGUUCGACGCCCGGCUGGUGAAGAAGAUCUGGGUGCCUGACGUCUUCUUUGUCCACUCGAAGCGCUCGUUCAUUCACGACACCACUAUGGAGAACAUCAUGCUGAGGGUUUACCCAGACGGCAAUGUUCUUUAUAGUGUCAGGAUCACAGUCACGGCUCAGUGCUCCAUGGACUUCAGCAGUUUUCCUCUGGACACUCAGAACUGUUCCCUGGAGCUGGAGAGCUAUGCCUACAAUGAAAACGACCUCAUGCUGUACUGGAAGAACGGGAACGACUCCCUGAGAACCGAUGAGAUUGUUCUCUCGCAGUUCUUUAUAGAAGAGUUCAACCCGUCCAGCGGCCUGGCCUUCUACAGCAGUACCGGUUGGUACAACAGACUCUACAUCAACUUCAUCCUCAGGAGACACAUUUUCUUCUUCAUGCUACAGACCUACUUUCCCACGAUGUUAAUGGUCGUGCUCUCCUGGGUGUCCUUUUGGAUCGACAGACGAGCCGUGCCUGCUCGCGUCUCACUUGGAAUCACCACCGUGUUGACCAUGUCCACCAUCAUCACGGGCGUGUCAGCGUCCAUGCCCCAGGUGUCCUAUGUAAAAGCAGUAGAUAUCUACCUGUGGGCCAGCUUCCUGUUCGUCUUCCUGUCGGUGAUUGAGUACGCUGCUGUAAACUACUUCACCACCGUGGAGGAGAUGAGGAAGUUGAAGAAGGGAAAGCGCUCCAAAUUCGAGACUUCCCAGGCCAUGGCCUUCGACGGCUGUUUCCAUGACGACGACAUGGCGCUCAGCACCUUCCCUCAGCUGACGGACCUUGGUGCGGAUCCUCCCGUGUCCUCGCAGAACUCCAGCGUCCCUGAAGCUCCUCCUGCUCUGGGCACACGUCUACGAAAAUCAUCUCCUCUGAGUCAUCACCUCCACCUGCUCAUGAGCAACAGCUACAUGAUCGACUCAUACUCCAGGGUCCUGUUCCCUCUCGCCUACCUCACCUUUAACAUCAUCUACUGGAGCAUCUACACCUGAACCUCUCGAACACAUGAACUUGAACCCUGUACCAGAUUGUUCUUACACGCGGCGGUUUUGUCGAUCAUGCUGAUUAGUUCAUGUCAGAAUAAGCUUGUGACAAUAAAAGACAUUUCACAUUAAGAGAUUAGAAAAACAAGU